AUGUUACGUUCUGCCAAAAAUAUUGUCAAGGGCUACUCCUCCACAGAGGUACUAGUGCGUGAUGCAACAGCAAACAACUCCAAUGUGCCAGACAGGUUCCUCCUGGAAGAACUUGCCGAUAAGUCGUAUAAUAGUACCGAUUUCUUCGAGAUUAUGGACAUGUUGGACAAAAGAAUCAACGAUAAAGGGAAAUAUUGGAGACAUGUACUCAAGUCGUUAGUGGUACUGGACUUCUUGGUUAGGUUUGGUAGCGAGAACUGUGUGCUUUGGUGUAAAGAAAAUAUCUAUAUUAUAAAGACUCUAAGAGAAUUUAUGCAUACCGAUGAGAGUGGUGCUGAUGAGGGGAAAAUGAUCAGAAGCAAGGCUAAAGCCUUGACUUCUUUAUUGUUGGAUGAUGAAAGAUUAAAACAAGAGAGAGAAUUGAAUGGGAAAAGAAGAAAAGAAUGGGGGAGAAGAGAUAGAGAUGGAGAUAGAAAUAGCUCAAGAAGUUAUUUGGCUGAUGAGGAAGAUGAAGAUUUAAGAAGAGCUAUUGAGGAAAGUAAAAUUACUGCAGAGGAAGAAGAGGCUAGGCGUAAAAGAAAUGAACGUGAAGUGGAAGGGGAAAGGAGAAUGGCUCUACAACUAAGUAAAGAAGAACAGGAUCUAAAAAGAUUACAAGAAUUACAACGUCAACAACAGCAACAGAUGCAACAAGCACAGCAACCUCAAAUAUAUUACGAUAUAUUUGGUAAUCCAAUUACCCCAGAAGAAUAUCUACAAUUUCAACAACAACAAGCUCUUUUGGCCCAACAGCAACAAGCCGCUCUACAACAACAACAAUAUUGGGCUUUGCAACAACAACAACAGGCUGCGUUAUUAGCACAACAACAACAACAAUUAUAUGGCAUUCAACAGGAAACCUUACCCACUGGCUCGAAUAAUCCAUUUGCCAGAAACAAACAACAGCAACAAACAAGUACCAUUUCAACAUCUAGUACACCCUCUGAAUCUCGACCACCUUCAUCAAUAACAUCAUUACAAACUUCAUCAGCAUCUACAGCAAAUACUACUGUUCAACCACCAUUACAACAGACUAGAACAGGUAAUAAAUCCAUCACUGACAAAUAUAGUGCUCUAAAUAGCCUAUUAGCUACCGGUGCUGGUGUCGAUACAUUUGGUAAUACCGGUAAUCAACGUAUCCCUGCUCAACACACACAAACAGGUACAUUUAUAAAUUCACAAGGUACUGGUUAUAGACAAGUCACAGAAAAAGAUCUUGCCAAUCCAUUCUUUAUUGGAACACAGUAUACAGGCUUACCAAGUACAAACAUUGUUCCUUCCCAAACUGGAUAUGGAUUUGGUAAUUCAACUAACAAUACCACAAACAACAAUAACAGUACUACUUUACUUGAUUUGUAA